GUGGAGGAAACCAGUAGCUUCAUGCAGCAGCUGCUCAACAGGCUCGAGGGGAAGGAGCCUUCACUGACCAGUGCCUGGAGCCUGUACCACCGGACAGCAGAGCACCAAGCGAGCGGUCACACAGAGGGCGUCCAGGGCAAUGGGUUGGUCAGUCAGCGGAACCUCAUCGCAAAACCACAGGACAGCUCGAGGGCGCAGAUCAUCAGCCACCUCCGCUCCAGUGAAGACAUUCAUCAUUUGGACAAGAUUGAGGAUUCAGCUGCGAAAUAUGACAUAACCUCGGAUGAAAGCCUGUCAGAGGCUCUGGCAUCUCACUGCUUCAUUGGGUCCAGUUUCCAGACACGAACACUGGACAGCGGGAUUGGCACAUUCCCUCCACCAGACACAGCUGGCUGUGUUCUGGGAAAAUCGUUCCCCCGGACAAAACUGGGCCAGCAGGAACCUCCGACUGCAGUGCGGGGCAUGACAAGGGGAAUGGGAAACAUCACACGCAAGGCUCGGACAUUGGAGAGGGAGCUACAGUCUCCAGGACACGCUCACAGAGGUCAGGACACGCAACCUGCACCAGACAUCCACCAUGUACCACGAGAGAGGGUUCAUGAGCUGACGGCAUCAGAUCGAUCUGACCUGUCAUGAUGACACUGGACAGGAGCCCCUCCCAGGCCCGUCGGACUCCGUAUCCUCUGGGUGGCCGCUAUUCACUCCUGGUUCCUGAAUUGUGUCGGCCGGC